GUGCGGUGCACGCUCGAGGCCCUCAUCGUCAUUUUCGUCCACAACCAGAACGUGGUCCAGGAGCUGGCCAGAGCGGGCACGGACAAGGACGACGACUUCGAUUGGCUGAUGCAGCUGCGCUACUACAUCGAGGAUUCGAAAACCCGGACAAGCCCGAGCAGCAAGACAUGUUCGUGCGGAUCACCAACAGCUUUUUGUCCUACGCCUACGAGUACAUAGGCAACUCCUCGCGCCUGAUCGUCACGCCACUCACGGACCGUUGCUACCGCACCUGCUGCGGAGCCUUGCACCUCCUCUACGGCGCCGCACCAGAAGGCCCAGCCGGCACUGGAAAGACAGAGACGGUGAAGGAUUUGUCGAAGGCUCUCGCGCGCUUCUGCGUUGUCUUUAACUGUUCCGACGAGCUCGACUACUUAGCGAUGGCGAAGUUCUUCAAGGGACUCGCGGCGUCUGGCGGCUGGGCAUGCUUCGACGAGUUUAACCGCAUCGACGCCGAGGUGCUGAGCGUGAUCGCGCAGCAGAUCCUCACCAUACAGGCUGCGAUCCGCGAGCGUAGGACCACGUUCGAGUUCGAGGGCACGACGCUGCCGAUCCUCUGGACGUGCAACUGCUUCAUCACGAUGAACCCUGGCUACGCUGGUCGCGCCGAGCUGCCCGACAACCUCAAGGCGCUGUUCCGCACGGUGGCCAUGAUGGUUCCAGACUAUGGUCAGAUCGCAGAGAUCAAGCUCUACUCUUACGGCUACGAGGACGCACGGUCUCUCUCGCAGAAGAUUGUCACCACGUACACGCUCUGCUCGGAGCAGCUGUCCUCGCAGCAGCACUACGACUACGGCAUGAGGGCAGUCUUCGCGGUGCUCGUGCGCGCGGGCAGCCUGAAGCGCAAGGAGCCUACCGAGAACGAAAGCAUCUUGAUGCUGCAGUCCAUCAACGACGUGAAUCUGGCGAAGUUUUUGGACUUCGACGUGCCCCUCUACACCGGGAUCUGCCGCGACCUUUUCCCCGGGGUGGAGCUGCCAAAGCCCGACUACAGCCUCCUGAUCGGCAAGCUGACGGAGCAUUUGGACAAGGCCUACUGCCAGGCCCACCCGUACUUCGUGGAGAAGAUCGUCCAGUUCUACGAGUGCCACAUGGUGCGGCACAGCGUCAUGCUCGUCGGCCUGCCGUUCAGCGGAAGGACCACCGCCCUCAACACGCUGCAGAAGGCGCUCACGGACUUGGCAAACGAGGGUACGAUGCACGCGACCCAGAUUGUCCACCAGGAGGGUGCCCGUCACGCUGUGGAGCAGCUCAGUCCAGUCGCUGUCCUGCACCCCGUGCAUGGAACCCAGACCUCGAACGGGAGCGAUGCGCUGACCGGCAAGGCGCUGGAAACCGAAACCAGCGAGGUCAUAGAGGGCUUUGCAGUUAAGCUGACCGCUUUUGGCGCUGUCCAGUGGACCCGGCGCACUCAGGCUGCUUGUCCAGACGCCCGCAACGCCGCGGCGGAGCUGCAGGCACGCCUCAACCCGAAGUCCGUCCCGGCGAAGGACCUGUACGGCUGCUUCGACGACGUCUCGCGCGAGUGGACCGACGGCAUCGUGGCCGUGCUCUUCCGCGACAUGGCCAGGAACCAGACGGAGGAGCGCAAGUGGCUCGUCUUCGACGGUCCUGUCGACGCAGUCUGGAUCGAGAACAUGAACACCGUCAUGGACGAGAACAAGAAGCUCUGCCUGAACAGCGGCGAGACAGCGCGGGUGCAGGGUGCAGAGAAGAGGGAGGCGCGGGUGGCAGCGGCGGAGGCGGGCGCGGGCACGACGGGCGAGGCGCGAAUCGAGGCAGCGCCCGGGUCGGAGCAGGCGAUGGCGGCACAGAGCUUGGUGGACGCGGUCAAGGCUAAGGUCAAAAAGGAGGUUUCGACACCCACCACGCAGCAGGCGACGGCGGUGGCUGCGCGAGUCCAGAAGGCGCAGGCGGCCUUCGACAAGCUGGGGGCCGAACAGGUCGAGAUGGCCCUUGAGUUGGAGAGCGCCAAGCAGAAGCUCCAAAAGGCAGCCCUCACGCUGGCGACGGCGGAGAAGAAGCGGGCCCAGGUGUUCAAGGGUGUGGCGCCUGCCAGGAAGGAGGACAUAGGCCCGCCGACCAUAGACCUGAGCGGGCUGCUCUCGCCGGGCACGCUUGAUGCCAGCUUAUUCAGCUUGAAAUUAGGGAACGAAUUCGGCAAUGCAGAUGGCGCGAUGGACGCUGCUGGCGCUGCGGCGAUGAGCGUGACCAUCGCCAGCCUGACGGACGAGUUGAGCGACCACGCGGGUUCGCAUGCCACCGCGGGGGAUAAGAUCACCAGGAAGCACAGGUGUGCAGUUAGGCUUUCGUGGCUUCUGCGCGCGGCAUGCUCCGCGACGCCGCAGACGGUUCAAGCCCGGCCGCUCGCCUUUCGGGCGCAGGACCUUCCUCGGAACGGGGGGGCCCUUGUCAGCGACCUGAGGCAGGAGAGAAAAUCACAAGUCAACUGCAUGUCCUCCCCUCCGGAGGGCAUCGCGUUGAGCCAGAGCAUGCGGGACCUGAAUGUCCGCGACCUUCUGUUGGCGACAUUGGGUCGGGGCACGCCGCGGGCGGAGAUCGACGCGACCUGCGCGGGCCCACCCCUAUACUUCUUGAAGCUGGUAGGGGCGGAGAUCGCGCAGCUGAGUUGCGAUGGCAGUUCGGUGCGGGCGUGGGUUGAUCCCUUUCCAGCGGCAGCGGCGACGGCCUCGGCGUUCGCGCAUCGGGGCCCCCCGAACAUCGCGCUCGCACCCGUGGCCUCGUUCGCGGGGGCGGGCGGGCGGUCGCUGGCGCGCAGCUCUGGGAACGCGAUGAGGAAGGGCGGGGGCGUCGGCAUCUCCAGUGAGCCCAGCGCUCAGAAGGCCAUCGACAAGCGCAAUUUAGGCACGGGCGCGCUCCGCCACCAUGUCAGGGGCCCCGCGUCGGAGGUCGGCGAGAUUUCUACGGCGGGGACGUCGACCGAGGAUUGUGCCGCCCGUCUGGGGGCCGAGGGGUUCGCGGGCGAGGCCGUGCCCCCCGAAGGCUUCACUCAGGCGGGCCCGUUCAAGCGCGCCCACGAAGGGCAGCGCGGGGAGAUGCUCGAUCACUCUUGUGGCUCUGGAGGCCCUCGCCAGGAGUGGAGCGCGGGUGUCCGCAGAGACUGCGGCCUCGAGGGGGGGCCGCCGGGUUUCGAGCCCCACCUAAUGGGGUACAGACACCUCGUCGACAAGACCCUGCGGGGCGGCCUGCCCGAGCAGAUGGACGAAGCCGACAGGGGUGCUCUCAAAAACAUGAUCGACUUCUUGGUGCCGCCGCUGGUGAAGUUCGUGCUAGAGCAGUGCAAGCAGGUGUCCCCGACGGUGGAGCAGGGAAUGGUGCAGAGUUUCCUGCUCCUGCUGACCACGCACCUCACCAUUGGAUUCAAGGAUGAGCGCUUCCAGCAGGAGAUAGCUGACAAGAAGGCCAUCACCGCGAUGAUGGACUGCUACGCCGUCUUCUCGGCGGUGUGGGGCAUCGGCGCCGUGUGCGAGACGAGCAGCCGCCAGCUGUUCGGGCAGUACUUCCGCAAGCUGCUCGCGGGGCAGGUGGAGUCGCACAAGCCGUUCAAGAAGAUCACCCCAGCAUUCCCGGAUCGUGGCUCCGUGUUUGAUUAUAGCGUCGACCUAGGGCAGCCGGGCUGGGUCCAGUGGAUGGAGACGGCGGAGCCCCAGAACAUAUCCAGCAAGGCCGAGGCAGAAAACAUCGUGGUGCAGACGGUGGACAGCGUACGCUAUAGGUACAUCCUGGACCAUUGCGUUCGCUCGCAGAUCAGGCUGCUUUUCUGCGGCCCGACCGGCACCGGCAAGACGGUGUACAUGCAGCAGGCGUUGUACCAAUUGCCCACGGAGCAGUACAUGCAGAUCCUCGUCGGCUUCUCGGCGCAAACGAAGUGUGCACAGACCCAGGCUCUGGUGGACGCGAAGCUUGAAAGACGCAGGAAGGGUGUUUACGGUCCUCCCAUGGGUAAGCAAUGUGUUGUGAUGGUGGACGACUUGAACAUGCCAGUGAAGGAGAAGUUUGGGGCGCAACCUCCAAUCGAGAUCUUGAGGCAGGCCAUGGAUACCAUCGCCUACCCUACUAGCGGCGGGUGGUACGACACGAAGGACUCGAAGCACCCUUUCAAGAGCAUCACAGACGUUGUGUUCUUCUUUGCGAUGGGGCUGCCUGGCGGCGGAAGGACGUUCGUCACACCAAGGAUCUUAGGCCAGCUCUACCUGGUGGGCUUUCCCCUUCUGGAUGAGGAGAACAUGUCAGCGAUAUUCAACACAAUCCUGGAUUGCAAAAUGAGGGCGGACGGGUUCGGGUCGGACAUCACGGGGCUUUCUCAGAAGCUCGUCAAGGCCACCUUGGACAUCUACAAGAGCACGUCCACCGAGUUGCUGCCCACCCCGAUGAAGGUGCACUACACGUUCAAUCUGCGCGACUUCGCAAAGGUUAUAUUUGGAGUCUUGCUGCUGAAGAAGCCCGAGAGCGAGGGCCCAGACCGGCACAUCCGGCUCUGGGUGCACGAGAUCUUGAGGGUGUUCGGCGACCGUUUGGUGGACGAUACGGACCGGACUUGGAUGCUGAACCAGCUCCGUGACACCACCAAGAAGGUUUUCCAGGUCUCAUUCGACGAGACCAUGAAGCAUCUCGACAGCAACGAGGACGGGAAGGUGGACACGCUGGACGAGAUCCGCACCCUCUUCUUCGGAGAUGUAAUGGCUCCGGUGGGCCUGCCGAACCGGGCAUACGCCGAGUGCCAGUCCGUGGGCGCGCUGCAGAAGGAGGUCGAGGGCCACCUCGCCAGCUACAACGACGACACCUCGAGCAAACCGAUGGACCUGGUCUGCUUCCUGUACAUGCUGGAGCACCUCAGCCGCGUGGCCAGGGUCAUCAAGAGCCCAGGCGGCAACGCCCUGCUGGUGGGCGUGGGCGGUUCGGGCAGGCAGAGCUGCACGAGGCUGGCAGCGUUCAUGGCAGACUUCGCGGUAUUCCAGAUCGAGAUCUCCAAGGGCUACGGCAUGGAGGGUUUCCACGAAGACCUGAAGAAGAUGCUCACAACCGCGGGCGGCAGCAACGAGCGCACCGUCUUCUUGUUCAGCGACUCCCAGAUCAAGGACGAGGGGUUCGUGGAGGACAUCAACAACCUGCUGAACUCGGGCGAGAUCCCGAACCUCUUCCCCCAGGACGAGCGCGUCGCGGUGUGCGAGCUUGUGCGAAGCGCGGCGCGCGACUCCGGCCAGGCGCCGGAUGGCACCCUCACCCAAUUGUUCGCGUUCUUCAUCGAGCGGUGCCGCGCGAACGUAGGGGUCGUGCUCUGCUUCUCGCCCAUCGGCGACGGCUGGCGCACUAGGUUGCGUCAGUUCCCUUCGCUCGUCAACUGCACCACUAUCGACUGGUACACGUUCUGGCCCGCCGAUGCCCUCGUUGCUGUUGCACAGAGGAGCCUCUCGGACAUAGCAGACCUGCAGCCGAGCGUGAAGGCGGCGUGCGUUGACAUGUUUAAGACGUUCCACUGGGGGUCCAGAGAGUUGGCCGCGCGGUUCAGGUCAGAGUUGAAGAGGAUCUACUACACUACCCCUACCUCAUUUCUGGAGCUCAUCCAGACCUUUAGGCAGCUGCUCGGGGAGAAGCGUAACACUGUAAGCAGCCUGAAGUCGAAGUACGAGGUUGGGCUGGAGAAGCUGACCAACACCGAGACCUCUGUCGGAGGCAUGAAGCAGGAGCUCAUCGCCCUGCAGCCGCAACUGGUUCAGAAGAACAAGGAGGUCGGAGAGAUGAUGGUCGUGGUCAACGAGGAGUCAGCCAAGACAGAGAAGGUCAAGGAGGUGGUCGCAGCCGACGAGGCGGUGGCGAACGAGGCCGCCGAGCAGGCCGCGGCCAUCAAGAGCGAGUGCACCGAGGCGCUGGACGAGGCGAUGCCCGCUCUCAACGACGCGCUGAAGGCCCUUGACACUCUCUCGUCCAAAGAGAUAGCCGAGGUCAAGGCGAUGAAGAAUCCUGCAGCUCCAGUCCGGCUGGUGCUCAGCGCGGUGUGCAUCCUCAAGAGCAUCAAGCCUGUGCGCGUGAAGGAUGAGAGUGGCAAGAUGGUGGACGACUACUGGCCUGCAGCCACCAAGAUGAUAUCCGAGAUGGGAUUCCUCGCAUCCCUGCAGUCCUUCGACAAGGACAACAUCCCGCCAGACAUCAUCAAGAAGAUCAGCACCUACACCCCGCAGCCGGACUUCCAGCCCGAUCGCGUCAAGCAAGUCUCGUCCGCUGCCGGUGGCCUCUGCCUCUGGGUGCGCGCUAUGGAGACCUACGACCGGGUGGCCAAGGUGGUGGCGCCCAAGAAGGAGUCUCUGCGCGAAGCCGAGGCGGCGCACGCCUCCGUGAUGGAGAAGCUGAACGAGAAGCGCGCCGAGCUGCAGAAGGUGGUGGACCAGCUCGACGGCCUCAACACCAAGCUCGCCGACCUCCGAAAGGAGCAGGAGGACCUCACGGCACAGGUGCGGCUCUGCGAGACCAAGCUCGAGCGCGCCGAGACGCUCAUCGCCUCGCUGGGCGGAGAGAAGACCCGGUGGACGCAGAAUGCCAAGGACCUCACCCUGGAGUACAACAAUCUGACGGGCGACGUGCUCGUCGCCAGCGGCCUGAUCGCAUACUUGGGGGCCUUCACCCCAGAGUUUCGAGAGGCGGCGGUGACUGACUGGACCAAGGCGUCGAUGGACAAGGAAGUGCCCGGGUCUGAGAAAUUCAGCCUCGUCCAGUGCUUGGGCGAGCCUGUCAAAAUUCGCGCGUGGAUCAUCGCAGGCCUACCAAACGAUUCGUUCAGCGUUGAGAACGGGAUCGUGGUGGACAAGGCCCGGCGGUGGCCGCUCUGCAUCGAUCCGCAGGGCCAGGCGAACCGGUGGAUCAAGAAGAUGGGGCAGCCGCAGCACAUCGUGGUCGCGAAGUUCACGGACGGAGACUACCUGAAGCGACUGGAGGGGUGCAUCCAGUUCGGGCACCCGAUGCUCCUCGAGAACAUCCUGGAGGAGACCGACCCAGCCAUCGAGCCCGUGCUCCUGCGUCAGACCUUCAAGAAGGGGAACACGCUCAUGCUGAAGCUGGGCGAGGCGAUCGUCGAGUACCAGAAGGACUUCAAGUUCUACCUGACCACGAAGCUGAGGAAUCCGCACUACCUCCCCGAGGUUGCGGUCAAGGUCACGCUGCUGAACUUCAUGAUCACGCAGGUCGGCCUGCAGGACCAGCUGCUGAACAUCGUGGUGGAGCGGGAGCGGCCGGACCUGGCGGAGGAGAAGGCCCGCCUGGUGGUGGAGGGCGCGGAGAACAAGGAGCAGCUCGAGAAGACGGAGAACAAGAUCCUGGACGUGCUCAGCUCGUCGCAAGGUAACAUUUUGGAUGACGAGUCUGCAGUCCAGGUUCUGUCGUCCUCCAAGCAGCUCUCCAACGAGAUCGCCGAGAAGCAGAAGGUCGCGGAGGAGACGGAGCAGAAGAUCGAUGAGGCGAGAUUGCAGUACGUGCCGGUGGCAUUCCAGGUGUCCGUGUUGUUCUUCUGCAUCGCGGAUUUGGCCAACAUCGACCCCAUGUACCAGUAUUCGUUGCCGUUCUUCAUCAAUUUGUUCAAGACCGCGAUCUUCAAGUCGGCGGAGUCAUCGGACAUCAACGAGCGCAUCGACAUUUUGAAUGAUUUCUUCAUGGAGAUGCUGUACAAGAAUAUUUGCAGGUCCUUAUUUGAGAAGCACAAGCUGCUCUUCUCGUUCCUGCUGACCAUGAGGCUGCAGAUCACCAACGCGGAAGUCUCCAUGGCCAGCUACAGAUUCCUGCUCACGGGCGGCGUGUCGUUGGACGAGGCCCCUCCGAAGCCGGCAGAGUGGGUGCCUGACAGGUGCUGGUCGGAGCUCUUCAAGAUGGGCAAGACGGACGAGAGGUACCAGGUGUUCCACGAGACCUUCAGGCUCAGUAUCAACGCUUGGCGCAGUAUCUACGACUCCGUGGACCCGCUGUCCAUCCUGCAGGACCCCGAGGAGCAACCGACGUCCAUGAAAGGUAUGGACAAGUUCAGCGAGCUCAUGGUUCUCAGGUGCGUGCGCCCUGACCGCAUGCUCCCCGCAAUCAUGGCGUACGUGGCCGACCAGAUGGGGACCAAGUUCGUGACGCCGCCGCCGUUCGACAUCGCAGGGAGCUACCACGACUCGUCGAACAUUGCCCCGCUCAUAUUCAUCCUGUCGCCCGGGUCAGACCCGUCGUCUGCUCUGAACAUGUUCGCCGCGGAGAGGGGAAAAGAGAUUAGCGGCUUGUCCUUGGGACAGGGUCAAGGAUCGACCGAAGGCCGAGAGGUUGCUGGAGGAGGGCUCUCAGAUGGGGUUCUGGGUGCUGCUCCAGAACUGCCAUCUCUUCUCCUCCUGGAUGCCGCGCCUCGAGAAGAUCCUGGAGAACAUGGACCCCAAGCACCUCUCCACGGAGACUUCCGGCUCUGGCUGACGUCCUACCCGUCGGACAAGUUCCCCGUCCCCGUGCUCCAGAGCGGCGUCAAGAUCACCAACGAGGCGCCCCAGGGCCUGCGCGCCAAUCUCAUCGGGUCGUUCCUGCUGGAUCCGAUCAGCAACGAGGAGUUCUUUGAGAAGAGCACGUCGCCCACGCCCUUCAAGAAGCUGCUCUACGGGCUUUGUUUUUUCCAUGCCGUGAUCCAGGACACGGGGACGGCGACUCUUCGGACCACUGGGAUGGAACAUCCCCUACGAAUUCACUCAAAAUGA